GCAGGGGAAGGGUAGAUGGUGAGUGAUUAUGGAGGGUGUGACAAAUUGGCAGUGGGGAGAAAGUUUUAUAGGAGAAAAGGGGAAACCCAAAGAACCCUCUAAAACCCCAAAUCCCAAUUCCAAAUUCCAAAUUCCAAAYUCCAAUGGAGGCAUUCCCAAUGAACUCACACAACGAUACAGAACAUCAUCUUCUAUUCUACUGAAUUCACUCAUCUUUCUUCAUUCUUCUAUAACAACCAUAUUCCCCCUCACCCAGUUGUUCAUUUCUUCAAUUUUCAGGACGAAGUAGAAAAACGAUUUCGUUUCCUUGGUGGGUUUCUUCUCUAAUUCACUACGAUUCUGUUGUGCCUCUGCUUUGCUUUGUGCUUCUCUAUUUCCAAGAUGCGCAAUAUGGGGAGCUCAAGCUCCAGCCGAGGCAUCGUCGCCAUUGUUGGCGUUGGGCCGAAGCUCGGCCGUUCCGUCGCUCGCAAGUUCGCCCACGAGGGCUACACCGUCGCUAUUCUCGCCAGAGACUUGGGUAGGCUAUCGAGAUUUGCGGAUGAGAUAGCGAGGGAAGAGAAGGCUCAAGUGUUUGCGAUUCGAAUAGAUUGCUCCGACUCCAGGAGUGUGAAGGAGGCAUUUGAAGGUGUUUUAUCUCUGGGAUUUGUGGAGGUUCUGAUUUACAACGCUAAUCAACAAGUUUCUCGGCAGCCAACUAGAUUCAUCGACGUUGGUCUCGAGUCUUUUGAGAAAUCGCUUGCUGUUUCAUCAGUGGGAGCUUUCCAUUGCUCCCAGCAGGUUCUUCCCGGCAUGGUGGAAAGAGGGAGGGGUACGAUUCUGUUUACUGGCUGCUCUGCUUCUCUGAAUGGCCUUGCUGGUUUCUCUGACCUUUGCUGUGGAAAAUUCGCAUUAAGAGCAUUAUCUCAGUGCCUGGCCAGAGAGCUCCAACCCCUGGGAAUACACGUCGCUCAUAUCAUCAUUGACGGUGUCAUUGGCCCACCAAGGACAAGUCCAACGUGUCACAGAGGAGGAGCAUCAUCGUCAUCGUCGUCAUCAACAUCAUCGGUUGGAUCUCAUUUACAGAGUGGGAUUAUUGGAGAUGGGAGUAUGGACCCAGAUGCGCUGGCUCACACUUAUUGGCACUUGCAUCUUCAGGACCGGACCGCUUGGACCCAGGAAAUUGAUCUACGACCUUCAAACCCCAGAUUGUUCUAGUUCUAGUUCUAGUUCUAGUUCUAGUUUUUAUUCUACAGAAAAUUAAACCAAAAGGAAAUGUCGUGCUCUGUGGUUGACCCACAUUUUUUUAUAUUAUUCUGCCACCAAACGGAACCAAUCAUUUAGGUUCACAGAUGUGUCCUUCGGAAUCCCCCACCUGCCUGUCAAAAUCCAAAGCUUUUUCUUACCCUUAAAGAAGAAGGAAGAUGCUCCAAUUUGGCUAUGAUUUUUUCUUUCUGGGGAUUCAUUGACUACUGGUUUUGUUGAUUACUAUUACUACUACUGUUUGGUUUUUGUAAAUAUGAUGUUGAGACUGGAUUGGAUUGAUUAGUGUUUAUGAUUGAAUUGGGGUUUGUUAAUGAUAAUUGAUUUAUGUUGGUGUUGUGAUUGGA